UAGGAGCUGGAACAACACGUGAGGUUUGAUCAGGCUACAAGAACCACGCCUUUUAGGAGACCAGUCUAAUGAUAAUAGUCCUUGAGGAGUAUUUGUUGAAAGCAAAAGAAGAAGAGAAGAGCAAAGGAGAGGGUCCUCCUCACCCAGCCAUCUCUGGAUUCUGGUAUGGUAAAUUCCUCCAGAAGGUUUUUGCAGAAGGAGGCGUGGCUAAAAUGGAGGGUAUCGGAACACUCAAUCUGCUUGGAGUUCCGAUAAAUGUACAUGUACAAGACGGGAAGGCUCAGCUUGCAAAGUGCCACACCUCCUUAUCUCCUAAUGUGUAUCGGCUUAUUAUGCAAUCCUUGCCCAUCAAAUGUUGUCAUGACGAUGAUUACCUUGACGACCAUCUCACACUUGAUUGGUCGUUUGUAAAACGUUUUGAUUUAUCUGCUGAUUAUUCUUGUUUGGUUAGUCAGUUAGGUGUUCUUGCUGCUGGUGUCCAUCAAAAAUGUUUUAAAACAAAUAAAGAAUUACUUUUAGAAACGUGGAAACCUUUUUUAAAUUGGACACACCACCCAGAAAUAUUUAUAGAUUGCUUUAAUCUGCUAUUCUCUGGUUGUAAUGAUGGCCCCCAUCUCUCUCUUAUAGUCAUUGCAGCUGCCAUUGAGAGAUCAUUAGGAGACGUGUAUCUUCAGGUAUCAAAUGCAUCUAACUGCCCUCGUCACAUGAAGGACUUGUUAGCGACUAAAGAGCUGAGUCAGCUAUUAGGAGCUGAGCCAGUAGUUUGUUUGAAGUGUUUGAUUGGGCCCCCUGGGGGUCUGAAUUUGAGAAAUGUAGUAUGGCAUGGUUUUGCUGCACAGGAUGAAAUACCCAUUGAAUAUGUUACUCUUCUCCUGGUUCUGGUUGUCAGUUUAGGUAAAAUCAUUCAAAACAAGUUAGAUGCUUCUUCUCUCAUUCAUCGUCCUUUUGUUUCAUUUCAAAAUCACGAGACAAUUAUCAAUAAUGUACUACCUACAGAAUAUUCAUCAUCUGAUAUAGAGGAGGUUGUUAGUAUAUUUGAGGAUUCUUAUUUCAUAUUACCAUCAAUCCUCCCAAUAUUAAAAUCAGCUGUCAACUUGUACAAGAAUAGAAGGUAUGGUCAUUGUCUUUGUCUUCUCUUGCCAGCUCUUGAGCAUAGUUUGAGGCGUCUCUAUGCUUGCUGUAAUGGCUGCCAUGAGAGAAUAUUAACUGCUGAAUCAGCUACACUUUACACUACAUUUGAUGAGAUAUUAUCUCCUGUAUUGAAUGAUGGCAUCACUCCUAAUGCAUUGGCAGAUGAGAUUGGGAUCAGUAAUAUGGAAAUGCUGAUGGAUAUUCUCAUGUAUCCUGAAGGUCCAAAACUUAGAGACAGGAUCAGUCAUGGAGAGGUUGAUCUGUUUACUAUGAGUCAUGCAUUAGCUGGGCAUGUUUUGAGCAUGUGUCUUUCAUGCUCUCUCCUUUAUUGUGUUAAUUAUCAUAUAAAGAAAGAUAGUAUUAUUGAUAAAGUUAGUUCUAAUGGUAUGAAAUAUGUCAGCUUAUAUCAUCCUUCAUCAUUGCUACACAGAGAGAUGGUGUCUUUGGUGGAGGAAUUAGAAAAAUGGAAAGAAAUUGAGACUUUCAAUUUGACAGAAGAAGACAAUGAUGAUGGUCUACCUAUUUUAUGUACAACACUACAUUCCAACUAUCCCACAGCAUUACUUCAACUCAUGGACUCAUUCCCAUACUUCCAUACCUCAGACUCGUGUUCCAAUUUAUUAGCCAUCUCGACGUCAUUGUCCUGUUUUCAUGGUAACUCGGCUCUGCUGUCUUUGAUUGAGGAAGUCUGGGGCAUCCCCCACAAUACAUUAUAUAGCUCUCGGCAAAAGAUGGAGACUAUUGGACUACUGAGGAGAAUAAUUAAUAAUUUAUUGAACACUGUGAAGCAGGUAGCAGAUGCUGCUAGACUAAGAUAUAAUUUAUAUCGAAGGAAAGAAUUAAGAAGUAGACAAAGAAACAAUUUUGAUCGCCUUCUUUCAAGUGUUGGUAAUUACUGGUCAUUCAUUGGAGUAGUGUUUGUCCUAGUCUGUUUUAGUGUAGCCUGGUCACAUGAUCAGUCACAUGACCUCAGUAAAAUGAUAAAGUUUUUGAAGAAGGUUCUUUCAUUUUGCGAAAACUUUUCCUCUCAGACCUCAUCAGCCAAGAAUCGAUGGGAAGAGUCAGAUAAAAUAUGUUCCGACUGCAUUGAAUUUAUUAUAACUUCACUAUCGAAAAUUAAUUAAAUUGUAUCACACAAAUAUAUUACAAUGAGAGUUUAUGAAUAAUUAUAUCAUUAAUUGUUUCUGUAUGUUCGCUCUUUUUUUAAAACUUUAAUUCCCAUGCUUCUCGCGGAACCAAUUA